AUGUGGAUUACAGUGAUGAUUCUGGGCCUUGUGGGCGCCAUUUCCAUCGGCAUGUCCACUUGGAAUCGAUACCAAGACAACCCUACCGUGAUUUCAAUGGAAAGAGAUUCUCGCCUGUUUAACACGUCUUUCCCAGCAGCAACUAUCUGUCCCACGAUGAAAUAUGACGACACCAAAUUCAAGGAACUGCUACAGCGUUCUAAUGGAAACAAAGAAGAGGUUCAAGAGUUUCUCGAAGUACUUUUCAAUAGUUCGUAUGAGAAUUUCGUAGAUUUUCGCAAUUAUUCUAAAUCAUCGAUGGAAUUUUUUCUUCGAACUUUCCCACCCAAGAACUACCUGGAUUUAAUAUUUGAUAACCGCUUCAACUUUUCGUAUGCGGCUGUGAACAGCGCUGAAGGAAGUUUACCUGAAGUGUGGAUUCACAUGAGUGAAAUGGGCAUUUGCUACACUUACAACUCUGAAGUGGCCAUGUACAACGAUCCUGACUAUUGGUCAGGCGAAAAAUCUCCGCGCGAACCCUUCCUAAUACUCAGUGGAAACGAAAUGGAUGGCGAUUUAUUUUCUCAAAUGAUGGAUAUGAACUCUCCAUCAAUAGUGUACAUCCACGGGCCGGAGGAGAUCCCGGACUGCGCGUCGCGCAGCCUGGUGCUGCCCGACCUCACGUACAAGACGCUGGACGAGAGCGCGCUGGCGCUGUACACGACGGCGGAGGCGCGCGGGCUGUCGGUGCGCCAGCGCCGCUGCCGCCUGCGCCACGAGUCCGACCUCGAGCUGGGCCCCGUCUACUCCUACAACCUGUGCCGCAUGGAGUGCCGCCUCAAGCAGUCGCUGCGCCUCUGCAGCUGCGUGCCCUUCUUCUAUCGCAACCGCGGAAAAUAUCCGAUAUGUGACCUGGAUGGGAUGAAGUGCUUGGCAGCUCAUAACCUCUCCAUAGGUGGGACCGCAGGUUUGUUCUUAGGGUGUAGCAUCCUUAGUUUCAUCGAAAUCAUUUAUUUCUUUACUCUGCGACUUUUCUGGUAUAUUGUUGAACUGAAACGGGGUAAGUCCUAACAUGUGUAUGUGCAUUAUGAAACACAGAACGUUUAAUGUUGUAUCAAUGAUUGCUUGCUUGUAAGCAAAGAUUUUUCUAAUUUGUUCACGUAAUUUACAGUUCAAAAUAAAUGAUAAUUUAAUUGCAGUGAUUAUUGCAUUUCUUCUCUAUACGUGAACCAGGA